AAAGCAGUUUAGAAAGCGACAACAGUCUUUCGAGAGUGCCUCACUUCAAACCAGGGACUCACAGCUUGCUUUUUGUAAAUGAGGAGAAGAAGCAGCGGAAGAGCUUGAGACGGACUCAAUCACCCCAAUGGAGGAGAGACCGGAGACGGGGGGAGGCGGUGUGGUACAUGAGCAAGGAGACAAAGGCAAGAGUCCAGGACAAGCUGCAGGCCUGAAUACCUGGAAUUCUAUUACAGAAAUUGGGAAAAACUGUGUUGAACUCCGAUCAGAGAUGGAUGAGAAGGGGAAGGAGAAGGGAAUGGAGGAAGGACAGAUGAAGAAAGAAAUUGAGCUAGAGGCAGAAGUUAAGGUGGAGAUCUGCCAGUCAGUCCAAGACCUGCAGAUGAGCUUCAUCAGGGGCAGUGACCUGUUUGGCUAUGUGGGCAUUGAAGCAGUUCUGGACCAGAUGAGGAGCAAGAUGAUGAAGGCAGGUGUUGAGUUCAACAUCAUGGUGGUUGGUCAGAGUGGUUUGGGGAAGUCUACGCUGGUCAACACUUUGUUCAAGUCCAAAGUCAGCCGGAAGUCCUGCACACCUAACUACGAAGAGACGAUCUCAAAAACUGUCAAACUGCAUUCAGUCAGCCAUGUGAUUGAGGAGAAGGGGGUGAAGAUGAAAUUAACAGUGACUGAUACUCCAGGAUUUGGUGACAAUAUCAACAAUGAGAACUGUUGGGAGCCAAUAGUGAAGUAUAUCAAUGAGCAGUAUGAAAAGUACCUAAUAGAGGAGCUGAAUGUCAACCGUAAAAGGAGAAUACCAGACAGCAGAGUCCACAGCUGCAUCUACUUUCUCCCUGCCACAGGACACAGGUUACGCCCCAUCGACAUUGAAUUUAUGAAGAGACUGGGUAAUAUAGUUAGCAUUGUACCUGUCAUCGCCAAAGCGGACACACUGACGAUUGAGGAGAGACUGGAAUUCAAAGAGAGGAUAAGGCAAGACUUGACAACCAAUGGGAUUUGUGUUUAUCCCCUGAAAGAGUAUGAUGAAGAUCCAGAAGAACGAAUCCUCAAUAACAGAAUCAGGGAUAACAUUCCCUUUGCUGUGGUGGGAACGGACAAGGAGCACCAGGUGAAUGGAAACAAGGUGCUGGGUCGUAAAACAAAGUGGGGAAUAAUUGAAGUUGAAAAUGUGGCACACUGUGAGUUUGUCAACCUUCGGGACCUACUUAUCAGGUCUCACCUGCAGGACCUGAAAGAUGUGACACACAAUAUUCACUAUGAGACCUAUCGUGUCCAACGGCUGAACCAGAGCAACGUGAACUUCAGUGAACUGGGACUGUCCACCUGGCUGCUGGAGAAUGGAAGUGGGGAAAAAUAUGAAUCAGAAAGCCACCUCUGAUCUCUCCAUCAGCCACCUUCAUAGAUCAAAACGGAGAAUUGAUGGUGCUCCUCAUCUAUUUAGAAUGCAUUUUGGGGAAAAUAAAAUCUAUUCUUUUACUCUUUAAAAAAAAUAGAUUGAGAAUUUUUUUAUCUGCAUAACUUGUUUUUUAAUGGAACAAACUUGUUUAUUUUCUUCAAGUGACAAAUUAUGAGAUUUAGAGAUAUGAGAAAUGCAUCAAAUAUGGAUAUAUUUUUUUAAGGCAGCCCAUUAAUAGUUUUUACAGAUGGUGACCUGUACAGGGCAGUGAAGAGAAUGCUGCAAAAUAUGACACAAAGAGAGGACGCUGACACUUUGUCACCCAUCAAUAUCUAAGCUUCUUGAUAUCUCAUAUAUAAAUGGUAUACUAAUGGCCUAAAGUACGGUAUAGGAGUUCAGGCCUGUAGUCAGAUGAACUGUUAUAGCAUCAGAUUAAUCACGAUCGUGUCCACAUCACAAGUUCAGCAAUAAAAUAACAGCUGAAUAACUGGGUGUCUUUAUACUAUAUACUAUACUAUUAAUGGGAGUCUACUAUCUUUUGAUACCGUAAUGUAUCAUUUCAGUUUAUGUCAUUAGAGUUUCUGAUGCUUAUUCUGGGUCAAUAAUACAGUUUAUAGAGAGAGUGACCCAUAUGGUAACUUGAUUGCUCUGCACCAUGUUGGAGCAAACAGCUCUAAGACUUGACUUUUACUUAAAGAGAGUUUUUGAAUUCAUCUGACAUUACGAACAGCAAUCAAAACAAGCAGGAGUAAAUCUCAAUUUCCACUCCUGGGCAAAUAAAAUUAAAAUGAUUUUAACCUAUUUAAAGAUUUUCGGCAUAGAGCAAAGGUUCAAUUCAGAACCUUUUCAAGAACUUCAACAAGUGCAGCUGCCUUUUGUUUUAAAUUUUGAAUUACAAUAACGUGGAUGAGUGAGAGCCUUCUCAGAUUAGUGUUUUCCGUUCCUUCAUUUUCAGUUUUAGCAGCUUUUAACCUUCUCAGAACUGCAGCCUUGGACAAGAGCUUUCUUAAGGUGGGCUGUUUAAGUCAUUAUACAAAAAAACAUUAAUAAAACAUAUAGCAUGUAUGUUCACCAACAAUAUAUUUGGAUACAUAGAAUGAACCAAUUGAAUCUCUUAAUUGGAACUUUUUCAUAGAUUGGUGUUGCCUGCCUUUCAUUAAUUAAUAAGCCUUCACAAAUACGAGAGAGAGAGCAUCAUUUUGAGGGAAGACAUCUCAUCUGCCUUCAUGAGUUUUUUUCCUUCUAAACUUAAUUUUGAGUGUGGCCAAUUAGAAUAGGCAUAAUUACUAAUGAUUUCUGGUAUACUUAUCAACAAGUCAUUGAAGUACCUGCCUCCUCAUUUAAGUUUUGUUUUAUUGCCUAUUAUACCUAACAUUGAUGGUGACACAACAAGUAGAGUAGUUAUUCCACUGUCAGCAUAAACAAGCUCGUCUGUUUUUUAAUUGUUUGUUAUUGGUUUGGCAAACAGUAACGAAAAUGUGCCUUGGCCUUGACCCAACUUUGUAUGUAGCUGUGCACUGUAAAGUGUUUGAGACAAUGAAGCAUGCAGCAGCAACAGUAGGACUUUCAGCAGGGGGGUGAAUUCUUGUAAAUAACCAAUUCAUGCCUACAUAUGGUGUGUGUUCACUGUUUUUCCAUAUUUGUAGUUAUUGGGCUUGUGCUGUUUUGUAUGUUAUAGCCACAUCAUUUCUGUAUACCAGUUCACCCAGAUUUUUGUUUCAACUGAGCUAAUGUUCCUGCCCGUACUAAAGGUACAAUUUGCAAUGUUUUCAUUCAGUUAUUGUUAUUUUCCCAUUAAUUUAUUAUUAAAUCAUGUACUUCAAAGAUCAUAUUUGACAUUUCAUUGUCCAAGGUAAGCAAUUUAAACAGGCUGUCUCUGCGCAGUAGUUCAAGAUUAAUUUCAUGUGGAAAAAAAAAGUCUCAAAUCAAUUUUGUCAUUGGUUACAACAUCAUACUUAAUGAUGUGUAACCAUUUAUUGUUGAAUCAGAUCCAGACUGGUUAAGACAUCUUCCAGUUUAGCAGAGUUAUGGAAUUAUCAAAGCGGGGUACUGCCUACUUUUCCAUUCAGAGCCGGUACCAGAUCAUCUCACAUUUUUAACUGUAGGAAUUUGCUUUAUUGUACAAAUAGUUGUAUGAAAUGCUGGAACAACUGCUAACUUUUAGAUGAAAAAGCAUUCUUAGCUGUCUUCCUAAGGAUAAAUUAAGGUUAAAACAUUUUUAGAGAUCCUUACUAUGACUUUACCUUUUUCUGUCAUUUAUCUACGCAUAAUCAAAAGUGAGAGUAGGCUACAUGUUUUUUUAUAUAUGUCUACAGUGGACUAAAAGUAGAAACCCUAUGGGAAAAUAAUCAUGAGAAUAUUUUGGCUUGGUCACAUCUUACUUGUUUUUCUAAAUCAAUUUUGUGUGUUUAGAAAUCAGAAAAUAAAUCUUCCUUUUUUCAGUUAUCACUCAUCAACCUGGUCUACAAAGUAUACCUUUUUCUUUGAAGGCAUCCACAAUGAAAAAUAUUGCAUUUCAUCUGAAUCUGAUAACACACAGCAAUUCCUACUUUCAGUGUGGCUGUUCUCUUUCCUCUCAGCUCUCCUCCAUGUUCUAAACCUGUGGUAAAUGUGGUUAACACCCUUGUGUCUUAUACUCAGCAUGUUCUAACAGUUCCUGUAUGAUGUCUUUGUUAUUGUUGUCUUUAUUGUAGUAUUAAUAUAACCCCUGCUGACACUGUUGAUGUGAAAUUAAAUACUUGUUACCUUUCCAGUCCAUUGUGAAGUAAUUUUAAUAAACAUUCUGACUGU